AUGGCCAUGGCGUCCGUCCUUGCGCUCCUCCUCGUGCCCCGGCCCGUCUCCGCGAGGCCCUUCUCGCUUCAUCUCCACUCCUGCCACCUUGCUCUUCCUCCUCCCCAACUCGCCACCCUCUCCACCCAAGCCGCCACCCACCCGCGCAAGGCCGGGGCCGGUCAUCUCCAGCAGCUCCAUGCCGCCUCCUGCUGCAGCAAUUCCGCUCCGGACGCAGGAACCAGUGGAGGAAGCGCUACCAAUGCGAAGGAUUGGCAAUUCUUCUUGGCAUGGUAUUUGAUGUCUCUUGAUAAGAAUCCAAUUGCAACUAAGGCGGUCACUUCUGCUGUGCUAACUCUUGCCGAGGACCUCAUCUGCCAGCUUGUGAUUGAUCGAGUUCUAGAGCUCGAUUUAAGGAGAAUAUUUGUAUUCAUAUUUUUGGGACUUGCACUUGUGGGGCCAACUUUACAUGUCUGGUACAUUCAUUUGAGUAAAUUAGUGGCAAUCAGCGGAGCAUCAGGUGCCAUUGCUCGCCUUAUACUCGAUCAGUUCAUUUUCUCUCCCAUUUUCAUCGGCGUUUUUAUGAGCUUACUAGUCACCUUGGAAGGAAAGCCCUCUCUUGUAGUGCCAAAGCUUAAGCUGGAAUGGUUGUCAUCAGUGUUGGCAAAUUGGCAAUUAUGGAUACCGUUUCAGUUUCUGAAUUUUUACUUUGUUCCUCAGAAGUUUCAGGUGCUUGCUGCUAAUUUUGUAGCCCUUGCGUGGAACGUGAUUUUAUCAUUUAAGGCUCACAAGGAGGUUAUUGCAAAAGGGUACUAUUAGCUGGUCUAUCUUACCA